GCCCUCCGCGCCUGCCUGAUGUCACCACUACGCGUGCGCCGUGAAAGGAGAGACAAGCUUACGGGGGAAGGGCAGGGGGUGGGCCUUGACCAGAGUCUUACGGCGACUGCGCGGAAGGGAGCCCGGCUGUAACAUGGCGACUUGCGCUGAAAUCCUGCGGAGCGAGUUUCCCGAAAUUGACGGACAGGUCUUCGACUACGUGACGGGCGUCUUGCACAGCGGCAGCGCGGACUUCGAGUCUGUGGACGACCUGGUGGAAGCUGUGGGGGAACUGUUGCAAGAGGUGUCCGGGGACAGCAAGGAUGACGCGGGCAUCAGAGCCGUGUGUCAGCGCAUGUACAACACUCUGCGCCUGGCUGAGCCACAGAGCCAGGGAAACAGCCAGGUGCUGCUAGACGCCCCCAUCCAGCUGUCAAAGAUAACGGAGAACUACGACUGUAGCACCAACCUUCCAGGACUGCUGAAGAGGGAACAGUCCUCGACAGUGAAUGCAAAGAAGCUAGAGAAGGCCGAGGCUCGACUAAAGGCAAAGCAGGAGAAACGCUCAGAGAAGGACACACUCAAGACCAGCAACCCUCUAGUCUUGGAAGAAGCAUCAGCCAGCCAGGCAGGCAGCAGAAAGGAGAGUCGGUUGGAAUCAUCUGGAAAGAACAAAUCCUACGAUGUUCGAAUUGAGAACUUUGAUGUGUCUUUUGGCGAUAGGGUACUGCUGACGGGUGCAGAUGUGAACCUGGCAUGGGGCCGCCGCUAUGGGCUGGUGGGUCGGAAUGGACUGGGAAAGACGACACUGCUGAAGAUGCUGGCCACCCGGAGCCUGCGAGUUCCAGCCCAUAUUUCCCUGCUGCACGUAGAGCAGGAGGUUGCUGGAGAUGAUACCCCUGCCCUACAGAGUGUGCUGGAGAGUGACACUGUGCGAGAAGACCUCCUGCAGCAAGAGCGGGAGCUCAGUGCCCAGAUUGCUGCUGGCAGGGCUGAGGGCUCAGAAGCUGCACAGCUGGCAGAAAUCUAUGCCAAAUUGGAGGAGAUUGAGGCUGACAAGGCACCUGCCAGGGCAUCAGUCAUUCUUGCUGGACUUGGCUUUACUCCUAAAAUGCAGCAGCAGCCCACCCGGGAGUUCUCAGGUGGCUGGAGGAUGAGACUGGCCCUGGCCCGGGCCCUGUUUGCUAGGCCAGAUCUUCUGCUGUUAGAUGAACCCACAAACAUGCUAGAUGUAAGAGCCAUCCUAUGGCUGGAGAAUUACCUGCAGACAUGGCCCUCCACAAUUCUGGUUGUCUCCCACGACCGAAACUUCCUGAAUGCCAUAGCCACAGACAUCAUCCACCUGCACAGCCAGCGGCUAGAUGGUUACCGGGGAGACUUUGAGACCUUUAUCAAGAGCAAGCAAGAGCGGCUACUCAACCAGCAGCGUGAAUAUGAGGCACAGCAGCAGUAUCGCCAGCAUAUCCAGGUUUUCAUUGACCGGUUUCGCUACAAUGCCAACAGAGCCUCUCAAGUACAAAGUAAACUCAAGAUGCUGGAGAAGCUGCCAGAGCUGAAACCUGUGGACAAGGAGUUGGAAGUAGUGAUGAAGUUCCCUGAUGGGUUUGAGAAGUUCUCACCGCCAAUCCUACAACUAGAUGAGGUGGAUUUCUACUAUGAUCCUAAACACGUCAUCUUUAGCCGUCUCUCCGUCUCUGCUGAUCUUGAGUCCCGCAUCUGCGUGGUUGGAGAGAAUGGGGCUGGGAAGUCUACCAUGCUGAAGCUGCUUAUGGGGGACCUAACACCUGUUCGGGGCAUCAGACAUGCUCACCGGAAUCUGAAGAUUGGUUAUUUCAGCCAGCACCAUGUGGAACAGCUGGACCUGAAUGUCAGUGCUGUGGAACUGCUGUCACGCAAGUUUCCUGGACGGCCUGAGGAGGAGUAUCGUCACCAGCUGGGCCGGUAUGGCAUCUCUGGAGAACUGGCUGUGCGCCCUGUUGCCAGCUUGUCUGGGGGCCAGAAGAGCCGGGUAGCCUUUGCUCAGAUGACCAUGCCCUGCCCCAACUUCUACAUUUUGGAUGAACCCACAAACCAUCUGGAUAUGGAGACAAUUGAGGCUCUGGGCCGCGCUCUCAACAAUUUCAGGGGUGGCGUGAUUCUGGUGUCACACGAUGAGCGCUUCAUCAGGCUGGUGUGCCAGGAGUUGUGGGUGUGCGAAGGAGGCGGCGUCACCCGGGUCGAGGGGGGAUUUGACCAGUACCGUGCCCUUCUCCAGGAACAGUUCCGCCGGGAGGGCUUCCUCUAGGCCCAACAGGCUGAGGACUAUGCCCAGGACAUGGACUGGUCUCUCAGACCUCUGGGCCACCAUGUAGGCAACCAUCUCCACGCCAUGGACCUCCCCUGACUUUGGGGACAGCCUUAUUCCCAAAUCUCCUUUUGACUGGAGCAUGCUCUGCACAAUCCAGGGAGCCCCAUCUAAGGGUCUUUGAGGACUGGUCUUCUAAGUGGAAGGGGUGGGGGUUAUCCUGUGGGGCUAUAGAUCCCCCACACACAUACGCCCUAGCUCUGACUGGGCCCAAGUGGCUGCUGUGUAAAUUAAAUCUUCCUUGCCUCGUCUCUGCUGUUCCCUGGCAGGGCUGCAGUGUGUUAGGGGUGUGGGCUGUCUGAUUUGUUAUUCUCCUGUGACAUUUGUAUCAAUCACAAGGAGGAAGUUAUGGCAUCACCGGUCUUGUCCCUGGACGGAGACAUCAUUAAAGUCACUGGGGCUCAGAGGUCACAUGGCUGACCUUGUGAGCUAAGAUGUUUGAAUGAAA